AUGUUCGAAUUCGGCGCCGUGCUUUUCUUAGCGUCGAUUUUCCCUGGUACAUUACUAUAUGCCUCGAUAUACGCUCUAGUGCGGGCGUUUUCCGCCGUCGCGCUCUCGUCCUGGCUGGGUGCGCAAGUUGAUCGCUCAGACCGACUCGUAGCCGUGAGACAUUCCAUUAACUCUUGGACGCUUACUAUUAUCUUAUUCGUUGUCCAAGGCCUGCUGGCUUGUGUAGAGAAAUUGGCCGCUACGGCUAAUACAGUGGCUGUGGAACGAGACUGGGCAAUCGUGAUCUCGGAGAGUAUCAACGUCCCCCGGCAAGACCUAAACGCCUCAAUGAGACGAAUAGAUCUCUUCUGCAAACUCCUAGCACCAGUAUCAAUCUCCUUCAUCGACAGCAUAUCAACCCGAUCCGCAAUCUGGACAGUAUUCACCCUAAACACCGCAUCAGUGUUAAUCGAAUACGUAGCCAUCGCCCAAGUCUACAAAUCCGUCCCAACAUUGGCCAAGAGAAAUCCACAAGCAGAUACAAAUAUCACCUCACACAAUCCACAGCAAGAAUCUCCACUAGCACCAUGGAAAGAAUACAUAUCCAGCCCCGUCUUCCUAGCCUCCUUCGCCCUAAGUCUACUCUACCUAACAGUUCUAUCCUUCGGCGCAACAAUGGUCACAUACCUCCUCCACACAGGCUUCACCUCGUUGGAGGUUAGCUACAUGCGCAUUGCCUCAGUAAUCGCCGAACUAUCGGGGACAUGGACAGCGCCUCUAAUCAUGAACCGGAUUGGACCGAUUCGAUCCGGAUUAUGGUUCUUGAACUGGCAAUUUGUCUGUGUGGCUGGGUCUGCUGUUUCUUUCGUUGCUUGGGACUCGAGUUCGCGGGUUGUGGCUGGUACGCUGAUUGCGGGUGUUGCUUUGAGUCGGAUUGGGCUUUGGGGGUUUGAUUUGUCUGUUCAGUUUCUUGUUCAGGAGAAUGUACCGGAACAUGCGCGUGCGCGGUUCUCGGCGACGGAAAUGGCGUUGCAGAAUGUUUUUGAGAUGCUUUCUUUUGCGUCGACUAUUGCUUUUCCGUUGCCGGGUCAGUUCGGGUAUCCUGUUUUGAUUAGUUCCGGGGCUGUGGCGGUUGCUGCUGGGUGUUUUGCGGCAUAUGUGCGUAAGGAACGGGGUCAUUUACUACAUCGAUCGAGGUGUAUGGGUGGGGAUAAAGUGUUAUAUCGAGCGGUUGGGUCUGGGGAGGUUUAG